UGGACGGAUCGGGAGAGAGAAUCGGCCAGUAUUUCGCGGAGAUGGCGAAGCGUGGGGCACGCCCCGUAGUUGCCUGGAUCGUCCUGCUGCUCUCCGUUCCCCUGCUUCUGUUGCUCCUCUCCGCCGAUCGACGGCUACUGGAAGCGCCGGACUCUGCAUUUCUCGGCCUCGUAAACAGAAGAGUUUCAGGUGAAAGAUCUUACGACAAGCUCCUCGGCGGCCUCUUGGCAGACGGAUUCGACGAGAGAUCCUGCCGUAGCCGAUACCAAUCCGUAAUGUACCGUAGCAGGCCCGGCAAGCAACCUUCGGCGUACCUCGUCUCCAAGCUGCGGCAGCAGGAAGCCCUGCAGAGACGGUGCGGCCCGGGCACCGUGGCCUACAGCCACGCGCUGGAGCAGCUCAGGUCGGGCAAGAGCGCCGGCGACGGCACUGGCCCGCAGGACUGCAAGUACCUGGUCUCCAUCUCGUACCGGGGCCUCGGGAACCGGAUCCUUGCCACCGCGUCGGCGUUCCUCUACGCGGUGCUCACCGGCCGCGUGCUCCUCGUCGACCCCAGCAACGAGAUGGGCGAGCUCUUCUGCGAGCCCUUCCCGGGCACGACGUGGCUGCUGCCGCCGGGCUUCCCGCUUGCGAGCUACACCAAUUUCAGCGUCAACACCACCGAGAGCUACGGCAACAUGCUGAGGAACAAGGUUAUCAGGACCGCCGCCGGCGACGUGCGGCCGGCGUCGCGGCUGCCGGCGUUCUCGUACGUCCAUCUCGACCACGACGCCACCGAGCAGGACAACUUGUUCUUCUGCGACGAGGACCAGAGGGUGCUCCGGAACAUCUCGUGGCUGGUGAUGAGGACGGACAGCUACAUCGUGCCGGGGCUGUUCCUGGACACGGGGUUCCAGGGGGAGCUCGGCAGGAUGUUCCCGGAGCCGGACGCCGUGUUCCACCACAUCGUCCGGUACCUGUUCCACCCGAACAACCACGUCUGGGGCCUCGUCACGCGCUACUACGACGCGUACCUCGCGACGGCGCAGCAGCGGGUGGGCAUCCAGGUGCGCGUCUUCGGUUCCCAGCCGAACUCGCCGGAGCUCCUCGAGCAGAUCACGAAGUGCACGCAGAAGGAGAGGCUGCUCCCGGAGUUGCUCGCCGCGGCGGCGGACCCCGUGGCGCCGGGACCGAGUCGGAAGACCAAGGCCGUGCUCGUCACCUCGCUCAAGUCCUGGUACUACGAGAAGCUCAAGGGCAUGUACUGGGAGCGCGCGGCGGCCACCGGCGAGGCGGUGAGCGUGCACCAGCCGAGCCACGAGGAGUUCCAGCGGUUCGGCGCCAGGUCGCACGACGCCAAGGCGUGGGCGGAGAUAUACCUGCUGAGCCUGACGGACGCGCUGGUGACCACCGCCUGGUCGACGUUCGGGUACGUCGCGCAGGGGCUCGGCGGCCUGAGGCCGUGGGUGAUGUACAGGCCGGACAACGACACCCAUGUGCCGGACCCGCCGUGCGGGAGGGACGUGUCCAUGGAGCCGUGCUUCCACGCGCCGCCGUUCUAUGACUGCAGGCUGAAGCGGGGGGCGGACACGGGGAAGAUUGUGCCGCAGGUCCAGCACUGCAUUGACAUGAGCUGGGGCUUGAAGAUUGUUCAUCGCAGCUGAUGAUUGUACGUUGGUGGUGGCGUCAGU